CGCCAUUGCUGCUGCUCAGUAUUUUUUCUUGGAUACGUGAUUGGGAGUGUGUGCUAUGUGUUUGUGCAGAACGCGUUGGCAAGUGAAACCCCGCUUAUAAGGGAAGGACCGUGUAUGUCCACUUUCUGAGCGGUUUCGCACCGACCAGGGACAAUGCUACGUAAAGAGGGACUCGUUCAAAGGAAGAACGCUUGUUCGAACCCGGACGGUCGGAGCAAAGACGUGGACGAACCUGUGAACCGACCAGAGAGCGAGGACGAUGUCGAUUCAAAGGAAACUCGCCUAACGCUGAUGGAAGAAGUGCUUCUUUUGGGGCUUAAAGAGAAAGAGGGCUACACAUCCUUUUGGAAUGACUGCAUUUCGUCGGGGCUGCGAGGUUGCAUCCUGGUAGAGCUGGCAUUGCGAGGCCGCAUCGAGCUGGAGCGAUGCGGGGUGCGGCGCCGGUCGCUGCUGCUGCGCAAAGUGCUGCUACGCUCGGACACACCUACAGGCGACGUCCUUCUGGAUGAGGCACUGCGCCACCUCAAAGAGACUCGACCCCCUGAGACCCUGCAGGCCUGGAUAGAUUACCUCAGUGGGGAGACGUGGAAUCCUCUAAAGCUGCGUUACCAGCUACGCAACGUCCGCGAGCGCUUGGCCAAGAACCUGGUGGAAAAGGGAGUCCUGACCACCGAGAAGCAAAACUUUCUGCUUUUCGACAUGACCACACACCCACUGGUGGACCAGACGUCCAAGGGCAAGCUAGUGCGCCGUGUGCAGGAGGCAGUGCUGAGCCGUUGGGUCAACGACCCCCAGCGCAUGGACCGGCGGCUGUUGGCACUGUUGGUGCUAGCGCACGCCUCGGACGUGCUGGAGAAUGCGUUUGCUCCACUCUCAGACGACGACUACGAGCUGGCCAUGCGCCGGGUGCGCGAGCUGCUUGAGCUCGACAUGGAGGCCGAGGCCGCCAAGCCCAACGCCAACGAGGUCAUGUGGGGUGUCUUUGCCGCUUUUGUCAAGUGAUGCAGCCACGACCCGACCACCCCGCACCUUGGAGGAGGAUAGAGGGGAAAGAUAACGGGCUGGUGGAGUGCCCUUCGUGGGCACACUUCCAGCUCUACCGAGUGCCUCUGGUCAUAUGCCUCUCUUUGGAGCAGGCCCAGCCCUUGGGGGAGUGAGUAGUGGCAGGAGCUGCGAGCUUUCGGUUCUCAUACACGUUGGUGCUGCUGUUGCUGGAAAAUCUUAACAAGCAGAGCGAAAAUCUGCAACACGUUUGCAAAACUACGGACACUGAAUGUGGUGUCUUGCCAUUGUUACUAUUAGUGGCAGUUAGAUUUAGGUGCCGUUUCUGCGUUAACUCGCGGUCACUAUUUCAUUAAAAAAAGGGAGACGAGAGCAGCGUCUGUGUACGGUAUUCUUUGCCACUGCUCUUGUUUCUACUCACAGCGCCAUAGUGUACUGCAAAACUGAAUGCUCGAAACUAGGUUGGGUAGCCCCUGGUGGAGCGAUGUCUGCCCACCCCAAGUUCCUGCCCCCGAAGCUUUUUCCCCAAGCACUGGACCAGACUUUUUUUCUUUUCCCCAAGGGAGCGCGGGAGGCAACCUUUGUGCUAAUCCAGAGCUCCAGCUGCCUGAAACUGCAAAAGACCCCUGGUGUGCUUUGUGCUGCACGUUGCAGAAGGUCUGUCCUUGUACAUAGCUGGGCCUUUCUUUUUCUUUCACUCCUGUGGGCGCGGCUCUUGCCGUCAGCUUGGCGGCUUCUGCAGUAGCUCAAUGCCAGCUGGGAACAAUCUUUUUUUCUUCUGCUGUAUUCUUUUGGUAAAAGGUGGCUCUCCUGUCGUUCUGAUUGUAAAUAAACAUGCUGCUCUCAAC